AUGGAUGACGAGGACCACCAUGAGAAUGUAUGGAAUAUGGACACGCAUGCACCACAUCGCUGUGAACUCAAAGACAAAGUAAAAAAGAGGAUUGAUGCAAAUAUGAAUUUGUCUUCUGCUGAAGUUAAGAGUCUCAACUCAACAGGUGUGGAACAAUUCGAAGCAAUGGAUUGGUGCAUUGAAGAUACUGUCUGCACAUUUAUAUUAUCAAAUGCAAAAUCUGGUUUGCAUUUUAUUACCGGGUUUUUUAUUCAUCCAUCCAUCCCAUUGUAA